UUUAAUUUCUUCAUUAUUGUUUUUUUGAUUUUAAUUUAAAUAAUUGUAUAUUAUUAUUAAUCAAUCAUGAGUGCGAAAAAUGGACAUGUUAUUUUAACACCUACCGGGGAAAAAGUGCAAUUAACGAGAAUAAUUGUUCAUCAUCGAACACCGAAACGUGAUAAGAAAAUUUUAAAGGUUGUUGGUGCAUCAUGGUUUCAAACUCGUCUAUCAUCAUACAUUAUUGCUGCAAUGUCAUUGUUGGGAAUUAUUACAAUUAUUGUGGGAGAGCUAGGAAGUAAAUACGUGGAAGAUGGCAAUUAUUCGGCAACCGUGUUUUGGAGGAAAAAAACCAAUUUUAAAAUGGAAUUUUGGGGACAAGGCAAUAAUUUAAAAGAAAUCCCACAAGGUGCUGCACGAGCUUAUUUCAGAACAGAUGUUGUAGAAAAUGGUUGGUCCGUUUUGGAGAUAGAAACAGCUGCAACUUAUCCAGAUUGGGUACAAGCAUACGCUGCUGGUUUACUUGAAGGUAGCUUAACGUGGCAGUCAAUUUAUUGGCAAUGGAAGAACACCGUGGAAUCAGCAUGCGUUGAUAUUGAAACAGAAUGUGAUCAAAUUCGUGAAUUUUUGAAAGAGAACGAUGAAAUUAUGCGUACACUUUCAAUACAAAAUGAAAAUGAUCCAUUUUGGCAUCAAAUACGCUUAUUUUAUGCACAAUUGGAUGGCUUGGAGGCUGGUUGGCGAUAUGGUGUAAAACGAUCACGUCAAGAUAUUGAUAUACCACCAUUAGACUUCUUAUGGUUGAAUGUUAUGUCUGAUUUGAAUGAAUUAAAGCGUAAAUUUAAUGCAACACCAAAAUUCUUUCAAGAUAAACCUGGUUUAUCAUCGGCUUUCAUCAAAAUUAGUAACUCGCCACAAGUACCCAAUGAAAAAGAAUUGUACAUUGCUGAAAAUACUGCUGAAAAUUACAAUUCCAUGCUUCGUAUUCUAAAACGUUACGAUUUCAAUUACCAUACGCUAUCUGAUCCAAAAUCACCGUUAAUACCUGGCACACGUAUCAUAUUUACUGGCUACCCUGGUGCAAUCAGUAGCCACGACGACUUUUACGAAAUCAAAUCAAACAAUGUACCGCAUGAUCUAGUUGUAACGGGCACAACUAUUAAUAUCUUUAAUAAAAAACAAUUCAAUCAUAUUGAUUCGGAAGAUUUAAUAUUACUUGGACCACGUGUCAUGGCCGCUAAUCGUUUAGCCGAUAAUGGUAAAAAAUGGUCAGAGUAUAUACGACAAGGUGAUGUUGGUACUGGGAAUAAACAAUGGAUGAUUAUUGAUUUGACAAAAUUUACAAAAGAACAAUUAUUGGAACCAAACGGUUUUGUAUGGUUAGUGGAACAGAUGCCAGGGAAAACGAAUAGUUCGGAUAUUUCACAGAAGUUUGUGCAACAAGGAUACUGGGCAACGUAUGGUUUACCAUAUCACGAUUAUAUACAAGAGAGUUCUGGUACAAAAAAUAUGGAAAAAUUGCAUGGAAAAGAAUUUUCAUAUGGUAAUUCAACAAAAGCAAAAUAUUUUUAUGAGAAUCAUAGUGUAUGUAAUUCGUUCCAUGAUGUGCUCAGUUUCAUGAGAAAUAUAUCACGACAACCAUCUGUAACUGAUGUUGCUCUUCGUGGUGAUUUACUUCCCGAUCAACAAUCAUACGGAAUUAUUGACACAAAAGCAUUAACAGUAAAUACAUUAAAAUCGCAUGAUAUGCUAGUAAUUUCUGGUCCACCACACACUCAAAUCGAUGAGAUAGCCUUAAAACAACCAACACUUAUGAAUAAUAAUAAUAAUAAUAAUAAUAGUAACAACAAUAACAGUAUUUCAACAAAUUCACAUGAUAUUUCGUCAGUAGUAUUACCAUUUCAAUGGUCAAACAGUGCAUUUCAUCAUCGUCAACAUCAUGGACAUCCUGAUAUAUGGAAAUUUCAUCCAAUACGCCCACUAUGGGUGUGGGAAUAGAAAAAUAAAAAAUUUUUUUACCUCCCAUUUUAUUCUCGACAAUAAAUUAUUGUAUUCAUUAAUUUUCUUUUU